CCCGCCGGCCCGGCCGGCCGCCUGUCAGAGGGAGGCGGAGGGCGGGAGGCAGGGAUGGUGCGGCUGCGGGCGGCGGCGUCUUCGUCUCUGUCUCCUUUUGCAUUCCGGUCUCUAGGCUUGAGUCGUCUCGGCUGGUCUCGGAGCCGGACGUCGCGCUUACCUCCAGCGCGAGUGACCGCCUGACUGAAUGAAUGACCGGUCGGGGCCGCCGCUGCCGCGCGCGCCAUGAGGAGCCUGCCCAGCCUGGGGGGCAUCGCCCUGCUCUGCUGCUGCGUGGCCGCCGCCGCCACCUCGGUCCCCGCCUCAGCCUUCGCCUCCCCCGCUGCCUCUGCCGCCGGGACUGUCCCAACCCCCGCGAGUGGACUGGACCGCGCCCCCUCGCCUCCCCCCUCCGGAGCCGCCGACGCCGGCGGUGACGGGGAACGGGACCGGGGUGGUGCGAAGCAGGUGGAGGAGCCGGUCAGUCACGCCCCCAUUACAGUCUACGCGGCCACCAGCCCCGCGGCAGAAGAGCCCCUUGAGCUCGAGCCGGAGCCCACUCCCCGAAGGACAGAGGCUGCUCCCACGGGCCCAGGCAGCUCCCUGACCACAGCUCCCCAGGUCUUGACCCCGACCCCAACUUUGAUUUUGACUACGACGACCCAGACUGUGGCUGCGACCCAGACCGCGACCCUGACCUUGACCCCUUCAGUGCUUUGGAGCAGCCCCUCGCCCACCCCACCUGCGUACCAGCCUGGUAAGCUCGCCAGCCCCACGCCCAGAGAACACAUAUGUAAUUGCAGCAUAGUUGGAAGCCUGGAUGGGAAUCGAUGCAACCAAACCACAGGGCAAUGUGAGUGUCUUCCAGGCUAUAAAGGGCUUCACUGUGACUCCUGUGAGGAAAGCUUUUAUCCAGCCAACACCAGUGUCCAAGGGCUCUGUCUUUCUUGUGGAUGCAACCUCCAUGGAGCCACCAGCCUAAUUUGUAGCAGCUCUGGGAAAUGCCAGUGUAAAGUAGGUGUUGGAGGUUCCAAAUGUGACCGCUGCCAAGAUGGGUAUUAUGGCUUCAGUGAGAAUGGCUGUCUGCCCUGCCAAUGCAAUAAUCAGUCUGUCACUUGUGAUGCCUUCUCAGGUACCUGUUUGAACUGCCAGGGAAACAGCAGAGGAGACCACUGUGAAGGAUGCAAAAAUGGUUUCUAUAAGAGCCCCACUGCCUUCCAUAAAUGUCUUCGGUGCCCUUGCUCGGCAGUGACAUCUACUGGCAGCUGUUUCAUACAUUCAGGGGAAUUGGUGCCUAAAUGUGAUCAGUGCAAAGAGGGUUAUACAGGUCCAAACUGCAAUGUCUGUGAAAAUGGCUACUACAACUCUGACAGUAUCUGUGUAAAGUGUGAAUGUGGUGGUCAUGUGGACUCAAAUAAAACUCCAAAGAUCUGCAAGCCAGAGAGUGGUGAAUGCAUUGACUGUCUCCACAAUACUACUGGUUUUCAUUGUGAGAACUGCUGGGAAGGUUAUGUCAGAGACCUCAAAGGAAACUGCAUCAAAAAAGAAAUUGUUGUUACUACGACUGAAGGGUCUACCACUUUGGUUUCUAAUGCCACUUUGUCUACAUCAUCACCCACUACGGUUACAAAUAGUACAUUUACUCCCACCACUCUGCAGCCUAUCUUUUCAAUAGGAUCUUCUGAAAACAGCACUUCAGCGUUAGCUGAUGUAUCAUGGACCCAAUUCAACAUCAUCAUUUUGACAGUCAUCAUCAUUGUGGUGGUCCUGCUCAUGGGAUUUGUGGGGGCUGUGUACACAUACAGGGAGUAUCAAAACCGAAAACUCAAUGCUCCCUUUUGGACCAUUGAACUGAAAGAGGACAACAUCAGCUUCAGCAGUUACCAUGACAGCAUCCCCAAUGCUGACGUGUCUGGCUUAUUGGAAGAUGAUGGCAAUGAGGUGGCACCCAAUGGACAGCUAACACUUACAACUCCUAUACAUAACUACAAAGCUUAAGACCUGAACAGAGUGCACCAAAUUCCUCUAGUGUUGUUAAAUCUACAGUGCUUAUUGAAGGGAGCAGCCGCAGCCAUGUUGCCCAGGGGCAGAGCCUGGCCUUGCUUGAUGAAAAAGCAAAGGUGUGUAGUGCAUCCCAAAAUUUCAGGUAAAAAUUUGUAAUGCCUUCAGCCUGUCAUCCUUCAUUUCCCCAAGAAGAUCCAUAGAAUUCAUUGUUGUUAAGGACUUGAAGCAAAAUAUAUUUUUGUACCCAGCCAUGCAGGAGUGUGUAGCAAGACCAAACUCUGUAGUGAAUCUCAUAUCCAACUUCCUGAGAAGCUCCUGGGGAAGCCAGUGUCCACCAAGCAGUCUGCCACAGGAUGAUUGAUGUCUUUUUAGGAGGGAAAGGACUGUUGGAAGUCUUCAUAUACAUUCCUAAUACACAUUUAUUUUCAAGGUGGGACAGGGAUGAAUCUCCAUUUUACUCUCCUGAGAGAUUUCAAUGAGAAAAAACUGAUGAGCCACAAGCAUUGCAAUAAGCAGUUCUCUAUUGUUUCUGGAAUUGGGGACAAAUGAAUUCCUAGGAGAUUCUUGGAAAGUUUCUCCCUACUGAAUUAUCACCUAGUGAUAUAAUAAAGUGUAGGAUGAGAUUCUUGGGCUGAAAGCUAGAAUAGAGCAAUGUCCAUGAAGAAGAAGUUGACCCCUUCAGGGUCUCAGUUUGUUAUUAAUGCCCCUUCCUAGAAACAAUGUGUAUAUAGAUAAUGUAGCAUAUCUUAUCAACAUUGAAUUUGUAACUAUUUGUAAAAAAAAAUCAUGUCAUAUUUUAUCAUCUAGAAUUUAUUUGUACAGCAGAAGUUAGUGGCAUUGUAAAAAAGAAAAUACAAGAAUUGGUUUUUAAAAAAAACCCUGUAAUAUAGAUGGCAAUAUUGCUGGAGCUGGGCCUCUGGUGAAUAUCAAUCAUUUUAAGUCCCUUCUUGGAUGUCAGGGGCAAUUUUUAAGAGGUUGCAUAUUUCUUUUUAUUAUCUUCUCACCCUUCAGUCCCUCCUUCCUGCAACUCAGCCUUAGAAUUACCCACCUUUUGAUUUUAAAAGGAUGAGAAUAGUUAUAUAUAGUUUAAAAAAAAAUAAGUUUCAGUAAAUUUGGAGGCUACCUUGGGUUGCAAAAUCUUCCCACUUACUGCUUAAUGAGAUGCUGCCUCACUCUUCAUAAACAUCUAAUUUUACAUCAUGAGGACGAAUGUAAAAUGGUAGUUGGUACAUAAGUUUCAUUUUGCUAGUAGUCUCCUGGAUGUAGAUGAUAGUCUUCCAAAAGAAAUGGGGAAAUUCUCAUUUCAAAAGAAAUGAAGAGUUAUUGUCAUUUCACCAGAGGCCCCUAUUCUUCCUGUCAGUAAAAUUUCUAUAUUUUGAUUCCUCCCUUAAAAAAAAAAAUGUUCUUACUCAAUUGUCAGGCCACUGUGUCAAUAUGAUGAUGCAGAUAUAACAAGCUAUCCAAUUUGCACAGACUCUACUUCUCAUAUUGCAUAGUUAGGGGUUAGGGGGUUAUGCCUGGAAGGAUAUAAAGUGCUCACUUCUAAAACAUAUAUUAUUCCAUACCUUCUUCACACACCCCUCCAAGACAGACUAUAUGUAUGAAGUAACCGUAAAGCAAAUAUACUGUCUCCACUUUGACAUCUUUGAAAACCAAGUCUUCUAGCAUGUUCCAAAAUUUAAGGUCUAGACUACACAUAAGCCAUUUGGACAUGGGUUAAAAUCAUCAAUCAAAAUGAUUUUUUAAAAGAAAUAUUAAAAGGCAAAGGAAAUAGCAGCAGGGUAUAUAAGAAAAGAACCUGCAUUUUGAUUUCUGCUCUGUUGAUGACUAGCUGUAUGAAUUAGCUAAGUCAUUAAACAUCUGUGAACCUGAAUUUCCUUAUUUACAAGGUAAGAUGGUUUAGCUACAUAAUCUUUAAGAUUCCUCCUAGGUUUGAAAUUCCAAGAUUCUAAGUACUUAUGUCAAUAAGUAAGAUGCAAUGAGAAGUAUCUCAAAAGGAGAAUUCAUGAUCAGAAUCAAAGACUAGUUCAAAUCUAGCACUAAGAUACCACACUUGUGUUACCAGUUACUUCUAGGUCAGUCCCUUGCCUUUGCUUUUAAUAGUUUUAGUAGUCUGGUUAUUUAUUGCUUUUGGCCUAAUAGCAAUUGCUUGGGAGGUGGGGGGAACAGAUGGUCAAUUUCUUCAUUCAGUCAUGUACAACAGAAAUAAGAAGAAAUCGCAUGUAUGGGUGAAGCCAUUUGUACAGAUUUUUUCCAUUGUUUUAGAAGGCCAUACCACUGAGGAGCUCCAAUCUGUCAUUAGACUCCACUGAAGCUGAAGUUGAUUCUAUUUGUGAUACUAAUAAAAUGUCCAAUUUGCUUAUGUUCUGUUAAAACAGACAUGAGAGAAAUUCAGUGUCUGCAAUUAGAAUUAAACCAAUUAGGAAAUAAGGUAAAUUUUAGGCUUUAAAAGUUUGAUAGAGGUAGUCAGGACUUUUAUCCACACAUCAAUAUCAGAAUCAAGCCCUUAAAAGGAACUAUAAAGAGUUGAAUGUGCUUAUCAACUACUUUUUUCAUUUCCCCUACAUAUACACCGUCUUGUAUAAUUCAAGCCAAUGAAAUUUCUUUCAAUGUUUUAGUACCUCUAGCCUUGUUCUUAGAAAUUUCUCUUUAUCAUAAUAAUCAAUUAAAAUAUGACCCACUACUUGCAAUAGAAUGCAAAAACCCACAAUAUUUUGAGUCAGAAGCUCUGGAAUUUAUAACUUGACAAACUAACAGUUGAAUAUGACUUCUCUGUACAUCCUAAGGGAAAAGGUCUUCAUAAAUUAUAGGAUAGUGAACAUGAUUUGAAAAACUCAAUGGUUGCAAGGAUCCAGAUGUUAGAAAUCUUUAGGAAUUAGCAUAUUACUAAAUAAGACAAAACUACCUUAUGUGAAUUUGAUUGGGAAAAGAGCAGGUGCUGACUGCUAUCAGGCAAUGACAUCAUUUCUGCCAUCUCUGUCAUCAUUUCAGGAGAUAGAUUCCCAAAUGGAGUCAGUUUUAUACAAAACUUCUAAAGAGAUCAGUUUUGUUCUGAGUAUUAUAUGCAAGGCAUUGCAUGCUCUGCUGAAUAUCAUUUAUCUUUUCUUUGUUCUCUUAAACCUUUUAGAACACAAAUAUCCAGUAAUCUCCAACCACCUGACUUUUUCCAUUCCCAGAGAACUCAUUCAUGAUGAAUUCAUUCCAUUUUCUGAGGGACUCAUUAUGUCACCCAUAAACAUAUGCUUGUGUUUUAAAAGAGGAUAAUGGAUGUUGGGGAUAGAAGGGAAAGAUUUUUUGAAUUGGGGACCUUAAAUCAUACCAUAUAUCAGUUUACUGUGCUCACCAUUUUUGGUCUCAAAGAUCCUGGGAAAUUCAUAUCUUGCCAAGAUUCUUCCUCUUAAUCAGGGACCCUUACUUUGCAUCUUGAAUUGAAAGUAGCACUAUAGGACAUUUAAUUUGGGCCUGUAGAGAUAGAGAUGGGGGUACUUCAUAGGAUAUAUAUGUGUUGAUCUAUGUUCCCUUCCCUCAAGGAAGAGAGUUCUUUAUCAAGGAACAUGUAUUAUCAUUUAAACUAUUUCUUCUAUUCUGAGCACUAUAUGGUUCAUGUAUAUUAAGAAAAUAAAAUUCACUCAUUCAUGGAAAAUUCCUAAAAGACAUAUUUUAGAUAGGUCAGAAAGGUGAAAGAAAGGAAAAAAAAAACCCUGACAAAUCUCCCAAAAAUUCUUUGCAAAUGGAGAGAUGGUUGGUCGUCUUUGGGGGAGGGGAUGGGAAUGGGAUGUGGAUUGGUAACAGAAGGAUUAUUUAUUUGUCUGUGCUCUGGAUAUUAGCUGAUGUCUGCCCAGGGGAAAAGUAAGAGCCAUUUUAACUAAUAGGAACUUAUCUGAAAAAACCAAAUGAUAUCCUAGGGACCAAAGGCUUUUGAUCAAUAAGGUAUCAAUGGUUGAAUGAUGUAUUUUCCAAGAUUGUUGUAAUUGUAAUCAUCCUUAUUUCAACAGAUACAAUUCAUACUUAUCAUAUACUAAAGCAACUAAAAGAUGUGAAGCCAGGUCCCAAGCCUAAGUCAAAUGAAAUGAUUAAAAACUAGAUUUGAUUUAAAGGCACAAGAGUUCUGCUAGUCAAUUCAGUCAACCUAUUGUGAUAUAUGUCUAUCUGAAGCAGUGAAUGAAUUUCUCUUUAUCUCACUAAAAUUCUAAUGCAAAUUUACAAACAUGUCUCAUACAUUUACUGUACUAGCUUCAAAAUAAAUUUCUAAAAAUGUGUAUGAUUUGAAUAUAUGAAAGAAUUUAUACAAGAGUGUUAUUUAAAAUGAUUAAAAAUAAAUGUAUAUAAUUUGUACCUAUUGUA